UCUGGAGUCAUUCCGCUCAGGAUUAAAAUUCCACAGGAGAAAAGUAAAAGGACUAUCUUAGAUCGUGUGUUGACCCCCUUGGCCAGAAGAAAAGGGAUAUCCUGAUCAACAGUCCCACCACGAUCUCAGGUAAUAGAUAGGAGUCAUUCUCCAAAGGAAGGUGAACACAUGUCAGAGUGUUGCCCUGGACAGUCCCAGUUUAUAACUGUUUUAGGAGUAACUAUAAAUAGCAUCACUUUUCACCUGCACAAAACUGUUUUGUCCAAGUUUGGAUCAUAAAUUGCAUGAUCAAUUCACACAAAGGAAAUUUGGGGCAUUGUUACCAAGGUAGCAAUGCUGAGCAGAGACAAAUAGCUACCAUUACUAUGAGGCUAUUAGGAGGGGUCAAAAGAGAGUAUUUUGCUCCCAGUCUCUCAGAACCAAAAGAUGAGAACCAGAGUCAAAAGUCCCUAUUGGUCUUUAGGUUUUGACUCCAGCAUGAAAAUAACAUUCCUAUACUCAAGUGUUGAAUUAUUACGACUUUGACCCAAUAAUUCUGGUCCCUUGUCUUUGUAUGUCCUUGCAGCUAAACCACUAAAUGUUAAGGUGUUCUCCUUCACUGCUGCUUUUUUAGCUUAAUUGGCCCUCCUGCUUUCCAAAAUAGAAUGCUAACACUCAUUCACCCAGUUGGAGGGUCAGGGUGAUACCAGAUCCAAUAUUCUCCAAAGCCUGCGUAGGCUGGUUGCUGUAUCCCUGAGUACUGAUUAAUAAUAAAGGAGUCAAAUAGCACCUUUUGAUUCUGAUUUCCUCUGAGAGGCUGUUCUACAAGCAUGGGGUCAACUUAAAGGAAGCGGGGUUUUGUUUAAUAUUUUCUCCUUUCAUUAGUGCACUUAAAUUACUUUCUUGUAAACUCUGCUUGUUACCUAAAUGUACUAGCACUUUUGUUACCUAAUUAAGUUUCUUAUCAGAAUUCCAACCAAAAAUAACAAGAAAUGUAAUAAUGAUAAGAUAUCGUGCGCCCUCAAAACAGAUUUCCUUUUGUGCUUUAUCUCUUGGUACUGUUCUGGCUUGUUUAAUUAAAGUAUCAGAAAUUAUUAGACUCAAAUUAUUUCUUGAUCUAGUGCUCAAAUUCUCCUGAAAAACUGCUUCUUCUGCCUCAAUAUUUAAACCUUUAUCAGUAUGAGGCAGAUGAGUUUCCACAUGUUUGCAACUGGAUUCAUGUAAUUCAAUAUAAUUUUGGAGGACGAUCCUAAUUUAGCCGCUAAGUAAUUAAGCAAACAAAUCAGAUUUGGCUACACUGAGCUACCGUGAACGUUUAAAUACUCAUGUCUCCUCUCCUGUGCUCUUGGAUCAUCAAAAUGAAAAACGUUCAUGUGCAAAAAACAAACCUUAUGAAAUUCUAGCGUGGAGAUGUGAAAUUCAAAGCAACCUUCUUACUUAUUUUUUCAUCGGAGGGAUAGGGCUCAAAAUAUCACGAAGUUCAAAUCACUAAUAUAAGUUGUGUUCAAGGAGGGUAGUCAUGUCUGUUACAGACUUUAUCAUAACUGAUGAGAAAUUACGCUUACAUCACAGCUUUGAGAAGGAGAAAACUGUAAGACGUAUUGGCGAUUUCUGUUCCUCAUACUCUGUGAAAAAAAUUCAGGUUGGAAUCUGCUUGCUUCUGGUGGAGCUGUGUGAGAGGUUCACGUUCUUUGAAGUCGUCUGCAACAUGAUCCCCUUUUGCACUAUCAAGCUUGGCUAUCACAAUUGCCAGGCAGCCAUCUUAAACUUGUGUUUUAUUGGAACGUCAAUACUUACCCCUGUGUUUGUUGGAUGGCUCACUGAUGUCUAUUUAGGAAGAAACAAACUGGUGUAUAUUUGCUUGUUUCUACAUUUUCUAGGCACUGCUUUGUUAUCUGUGGUGGCUUUUCCCUUGGAAGAUUUCUAUCUGGGCACUGACCAUGCAGUUAACAACAUACCAAAAACAGAGCAGCACAGGCUGUUUUACGUAGCACUGUUGACCAUUUGCCUUGGCAUCGGAGGCAUAAGAGCCAUCGUCUGUCCACUGGGUGCUUUUGGCCUUCAGGAGUAUGGAUCACAAAAAACAAUGUCUUUUUUUAACUGGUUUUAUUGGCUCAUGAACCUAAAUGCAACCAUUGUGUUUCUGGGAAUAUCUUACAUCCAGCACUCACAGGCCUGGGCCCUUGUUUUACUUCUUCCUUUUAUGUCUACACUUAUGGCUUUGAUAACUCUUCAUAUGAUAUACUACAACCUAAUUUAUCAGUCAGAAAAACGUUGUUCUCUCCUGACAAGCGUUGGGGUGUUGGUUUGUGCGCUGAAAACAUGCCACCUGCAAUACUGCCCUCUUGGCAGAGACGCGACAAGCCAGUUAGACCAUGGCAAAGAAAAAAAUGGUGGCUGCUGCAGUGAGCUCCAUGUAGAAGACACAACAUUUUUCCUCACCCUUCUCCCUCUCUUCAUGUUUCAGCUCCUCUACAGAAUGUGCAUUAUGCAGAUUCCUUCAGGAUAUUAUCUGCAAACCAUGAAUUCCAACCUGAGUUUAGAUGGAUUUCUUCUGCCGAUUGCAGUAAUGAAUGCCAUCAGCAUCCUACCACUACUAAUUCUGUCUCCUUUUCUGGAGUAUGUCAGCACCUGCCUGUUUCCCUCUAAGAGAAUUAGAUCAUUUCUGUCAACAUGCAUCAUUGCUGGAAAUCUUUUUGCUGCAUUGUCUGUGAUGAUAGCUGGCUUCUUUGAAAUACACAGAAAACAUUUCCCUCCAGUGGAGCAGCCCCUUUCAGGAAAAGUUCUCACUGUUUCCUCCAUGCCCUGUUUCUACCUGAUUCUUCAGUAUGUUUUACUUGGAGUGGCGGAAACACUGGUAAACCCAGCUCUCUCUGUAAUAUCAUACAGAUUUGUUCCAAGCAUCGUCAGAGGAACCUCCAUGAAUUUUCUGACACUGUUCAAUGGAUUUGGCUGUUUCACAGGGGCACUGCUGGUGGAGUUGGUAUAUCUCAUCUCAGAAGGCAAUUGGUUUCCAAACACAUUAAACAAAGGCAAUUUAGAAAGCUUCUUCUUCUUCCUGGCAUCAUUAACAUUGUUGAACGUCCUGGGAUUCUGGAGUGUUUCACAAAGAUAUUGUAAUCUAAAUCAUUUUAAUGCCCAGAACAUCCGUGGAAGUAAUCUUGACGAAACACUUCUCCUCCACGAAAAGUCUCUGAAAUUUUAUGGCAGUAUACAGGAAUUUUCUUCAAGUAUUGAUCUUUGGGAGACAGCCCUAUGAAACUGUAUUUGAGUCUACCUGUCUUAUAAGAACAGUAUUCAUUGUUUUCUUCUUCAGUUGAGCAUUUUAUGUGUUUUAGUGUAAGAGCCAUAUAUAUGGAGGUGAUUUUAUAAAUAUCAUCUGUAUACUUUAUUUACAAAAACUAAUUAUGACCUUUCUAGUAAACUGUCAUGCUUUUGCAUUAACAAGCUAUAGCAUUAAAAUUAAUAAAAUAAUUUCAAAGCCUAGGUGAUUACUCUAUGACCAAAAAAAUGGCAGUUUUCUAUAUACCGAUACCUUACCACUUUCUACAAUGGUUCAGCCAUUGAAAGCAUAUGACCUUUUUUUGGAGUUUUAAUGAGUCAUUAGAAGCAAAAUGGCAGUAUUUUAAUAUACUCUCUUUCAAUAUACUUAUUGAGCCCCUAUUACAUGCCAAGCAUUGUGACCAUAUACUAUAUAUAGCUGAGUAAAUAAUAAACAUAUACAUGAUUUUCUAUAUUUGCUCUUAAUAUUAUGCUAUCAAGAUACGACUUCAUUAAGGAAAUUUUCUCUGAAUUUAAAAGCAGUAUUACUAAAAUAGAUGUCCUUAACAAAGAGAAUGUCCACAUACUAAAAAAGUUGAAAAAUAAAUGUAAGUUAUGGAACAGUUGGAAUUAAAGGAAAGAAGGAAACUCAGGAAGAUAAAAUGAGGGCUGAGAGGAGGGUAAGUGACCAAACCAAAUAGAGAUGCUUAAAGGAAUUAUACGAAUAACAUCUUUUGGUCUCCACUGCCAAUUCAGAUGCAUUCAGAAAAUUAUCUUCUAAGAGUUUCUUCUUUUAUAAGCAAAAAUAUGUGGAAACUCAUCUUUUAAGAAAUCAAGUAAAAUUAAUGUCUGUUUCUUAGUAGCAGUAUUUGUCAAAAUCUGGUUGAGGACAAUUUGCUACAGGUGAAUCUUUCUGGCCCCUACACAGACUGCCUUAACCCAAAUCUUUUUUUCAGAUUGGGGUCCAGGAAUUGGUGGUUUUAAUAAGCACACCCAAAUCAUUCUCAUGUUCCCUAAAGUUUAAAAGCCAUUGCUUUCCAGGACAAUUCGUGCUGGAUAGGACAAGUGAGUGUAUCAGGUGACCGCAAAUUAUUCUGCAAUUAUGCACCUCGCUUGUGUAUACAUAAAAUAUUUUAGGUCUGUAGAAUAAAAGACUUAUUCAACUUGAUUAGGUACGCUAUGCAUUUUUAAUUGCAAAAGAGCUGUAAAGCACCAGGUGUUUCUGUUACUCAAACUAUUUUUUGUUUGAGGACAACUGAAAAGACUUGCUGGUACAGGCAUAAAUUCUUUUCCUGCAACUUUUUCAAAUCCUUUCUGUUUAGCAAUUGUUUCCUAGCAAAACAGUGAGGCAGACCCCUGAUAUUCCUUAGAAGCUUUCCUUGCUGCAAAAGGUUAAAUGCCAAGUUUGCAAUUUGGGUUUAAUGAACACCCAAAAGAGCCAGAAGUCUUUAAAUACUUCACCUCAGUACAAAUGGGAAGCUCUAGUCUCUCUUACUGUUAGAAAAGGGGCCUGCUUUAUUUUGUUCUCCCCCUCCCCACAAAUUUGCCUUCAUCUCCUUAAUUUCUACAUCAUAAUAGAAAAAGACGCUCAUUAUGCUUUCACUUGUCCUUAGAGCUGAAAGAUCUACAGAAUUAUAAAGUUGACCCAAAGCAAACACCGAAAGAGCUUAGAAUCCUCACGUUGGCGUUGACACUCGUGAUUAGCUAAAUUGCAGUAACUACACAGGCUUCCAUUCGGAACAGGAUGCAUUCACACAGCAGUUUCUUCUCUACUGCCUAGCAACAUUAUCAUUGAGCACCUGGAAUAGUUUAGGCAUUAAGUGUAAUUGGUUUUGCUUUACAUAAAUCUGUAGCUUUGUAAAUAAGCGGAGCAUUUCAGCUUCUAUAUAACACCAAUUAACUUAAAGGGAUGCGUUGUUUGCAGAAGCCUGCUGGGUUUCGUACUGUAUUUCUCCAGUAAUAUGCUCAGUGGCGGGCGAAGUUCUGUGUCCCUGCAGUGUUCCAUUUACUCCAGCCACUUGGUGCCAAGGGUCUGUACCCAGCCACUCAUUUGCUCCAUUUUUCAUGUGCGGCAAAAGGUUGGAAAAGUGAAGACUUCCCUAAGAAGCACCUUCUGUGCUCUAUUUCUGUCCAUGAUCAAGGCCUGAAAUGCAAGGUAUUUGAAAAUGUUUUCUGUGACCCGCAGAGCACAGGUCUGACCCCAUCUGAUUCUGUUCACAACUGACAGUAACAUCUCUUUUCUCUUCCUUUUUCUCUUGUAACACUUCAAUCCACUGUAGCCAAAAGUCACUACAUUGACCCUGUAUACAAAAUUAAGAAAACCAUACUCUUAUUACAUAAAUGUAUAAGUGAAAAUGGUUUUCAUCAGAGUGAUUUCAUCAUUUCUUUAAUAGCACAAAAUAACAUGCAGAGAUCUGCUCCUGAAAGUAGGUAAAUGUUCCCAAGCUCCGUGGGUAUUUCUCCUUAUUUCCUCUUUAUUCAGUUUAAUCCCUUAUCUCUCAUACAUAUCCCCUUCAGGCAAUCUUGAUUUAUAGCAUUCAUUCCACCCUAACCAACCUUUAAUUCUCUUGGUUUCUGAAAGUGUUUUAUCAACUAUCUGAGUAACAAUAUCACCAAAUAACAGCUCAUAAUUCCAAAAAGUUUUCUAUUAUAAUAUUGCACGAUUUACAAAUUGAAGGAGAAAAAAUAAUCCCUUCUGAAAACUGUCAGGAUCCCUUGUUUUAUGAAAACAAAGCUUCCACACCGGUACUCUGAGCCAGUCGGGUGAUAGGCAUCUACCAUCUACCAUUCUCUCACUAUAAGAGAAGCCAGCGUACAAUUAUUGGUCCCAGACUUAUAAGUAAAGCCCUCAAAUAAAAUCAGCAGCCAAGUGAUGACAGCACACAGGUGCUGCUGGAAUUCAGGUCUGCUUGUAGAGAGCAGGGAAAUUAAAAGAACCACUAAUAGUAACAACUCACAUCUAUAUCACCUUUUACAGUUUACAAGUUGCUCUCACACAUAUUAUCACAUUUGAUUAGCACCACCACUCUGGGAGGUAGGCAUACUUUAGCAUGUCCAUUUUGUAAAUGAGAAAUUGCAACUCUUGACACCUUAAGUGAUUUAUCAAGAGUCACAGAGAUAGUAGGUGGCACAGACAGGACUUGAACCUUGGUCUGUCUGUCGCUAAAGUGCAACAAUACUCAUAAUGUCACCAACAACGGAUCAUUCCCCAGCCACUUAGGUGAAACACUCUCUACAUCAUUCAAAAGGGAACAAGAAUGGGAGGAAAGAUUAUGUCAAGGUUAUAGACUCUGACAAAACGGGUAACAAAAAGCAAACAUGUUUUUAGCAUCUCUUCUCCCUCACUCAGCUCUCCCUGUGGAGCCAUACAGUGUCCCAACAUGGACCUCAGGAUGUCAGAAACGGUCCCUGAAAAGACCUACCCAGACUGAACACCAUGGCAGGGGAGGGGUUCUCAAUGUCAAAACCAUCCUUUAUUUCUCUUUUCAUCAAACUGACUUGGCUGUGCUACAGUCAAUUGCAAACUGCCUUAGAAAAGGCAAUUUGAG